AGGCCUCCGGCGCGAUCAAAACAGCGGCACCAAACCGCCACCCUCCAUGAGUCACAGGAGAAACAUGAGCGCUUGGCGGCUCUUGCCGUGCGUGGGCCUCGAGGAGAGAGAGAGAGAGAGAGAGAGGCACGACGCCGAUAGCCCGCCCUUUCCCUCCCCUCAGAAAUCCACUCGCCCGCCCGCCCGCCUGUUGGUAGCGUCUGCCUCUUGGCGGCCCCCGGAGAAAUCAAAGCUAAACCCAAAUGCUCGCCGCCACCGCUGCUGCCGCCUCUGUUUGCGUUCCUUUUUUCUUUUCUUUUCUUUUUUUGCCUGCCCGGCUUCUUGAGUCUUUUCGUCUUUGAAGUUUUGGGAGGACUCCACGAGAAGCGGGCAGGGGCGCCCAGAGCAGCGCCCUGGCAUUAGAAAUCUGGAAGAAAAGUCGGCUUGGCCUCUUGAAGUUCUCCUUCAACUUCUAUUGGGAUGCAAGAGUGCCUCUUCUCCCCAGCCAGAGAAACUGUGACCCGUCGUCUUUUAGCUGCUCUGUUGCUUGGCUUAUAGAUGCAUUUUUCUCUCUCAUCUUUUAUGUAGAGAGGCUUGCUUCCCUUCUCAAAUAUCAUCUUAAGCUUCCUCAACAGUCUUAAGUGACAGAAUGGAUGGAAGAAGCCAAUCGCCUAAUACAUCUUUCUUUUUAAAAUGAUAACAAUCCUUUCUGAUGCCGGGAUGGACUAAUGUGUAUUCUUGAACAGGAUGAACAUAAAUAAUUUAUUCGGAAUAAUUUUUGAAGGCAAUAAACAUUUUUUUUAAAAAGGACAAACAUGAUCCUAAAAUGGAUUUUGCCUUCCUGGAUCUUUUUAUCCUCUAUACCUGUUUUGGACCUGUUGAACUGUUCUGCUUUCCUUGCUAGUGCAGUUAAUCCACCGUAUUUUACUGCUCUCCUGAACGUGACUGUAAUUCAUCCUAAUUCUUCUGUUUCCAUAAACCUUGAACAUGGACGUUAUGGACAAGAAUCACCCAAAAGAGCUGUCACAGGCCUGCUUCUAGAGCCUCUGCCAAUCAAUGGAGUGACAAAUCGUUUAGGAUGUGAUGCACGAACACGGUUUCACAUUCCUCCAAACAUCACCCACUGGAUAGCUCUGCUGGAGAGAGGAAACUGCACUUUCAGACAAAAGGUACUGCGGGCAGCUUCUCAGAAUGUUUCUGCUGUAGUAAUUUACAACAACGAAACCCACCAGGAUCAUGUCACUAUGACUCAUCAAGGAACUGGAGAUAUAGUCACUGUCAUGAUCAGUCAACAGAAGGCAAAGGAGAUCUUGAAUUACUUAGAAAAGAAUAUGACACUUUUAAUAUCAAUAAAAGUUGGAAGCCAUUUCGAAAGCAAACACUUCAGUCAUAGUAGCUACUUUGAUCGUAGCAGUUCUCUUGUCUUCGUAGCAAUACCAUUUAUAAUUCUGGCACUAAUUUCUUCAGCAUGGAUAAUAUUUUAUUUCAUCCAGAAGAUCAGACAUAAAUUUGCACAUGAUCAAAACCAGCUUAUUGAAAUGUCAAAAGAAGAAGGAGAAGUAAGCCUGUAUGAUGAGUAUUCAGCAUGAAACUCAGAGAGGAACCCACAAAAAGAUGCAACUACUAAUCUGCCUUUUAAAAAACAUAAAUUGUUAUAUUCUGUCUUCCCUGUAUCAACCCAUAAUGCUCUAAAUUCACUUGAAUAUUCAAAGUAAACUUAUUAUAAAUUGACAAUGUGCCCAUCAAAUGUACAGUACAGUAUGUUUUUUGAUUCUUGAUUAUAUGAACAGCUGCCUUAUAUUCAACCAUGCUUGCAGUACCUUAUACUAUAUCAAAUCAUUGGUCCUUUUAGCUCACUAUGAUUCUUGUGAGUUGACAGCAGCUUUCUACAGUUUCAGAUGGCUGUUUCCUCUGUACUUCCUUGAGAGGACUCAAUAUGAGACUUUCUGUAUGUGCUCUACUCUACCACUGAGCUCAUGCUAGUACUGUAGCUGGAUUCCCCUCGCCUUUAUGUCAGUUCCUUGGGCCUGGAAAAAAAUUAGACUGGAGAAAGCUUGAAAACAAAUUCUUAAAGCUUGGGGAGAAAAUAAACUAGAAUUCUCAGAGUUUGAAAAAAAGUUAUCAGAACUUGGAAAAGGUUUGUAGCACAGCUCCAAGAACUUGGGGGGAAAUGGCUGAAUUUGGUAUUGUGGAAAAUUUUGGACUACAACUGCCAGAAUCUCUCAGCCAGAACAGCCCUUUGCAUUGCUGGGAAUAAAUAUCCCAAGCUCUGUAUGUUCUCUUCUGGAACUGAAAGUACUAUCAAGUAGGAUAUGGACAUUUCGCAGAUCAUCACAGUUCAGAGUGAUCAUACAGAGUGGCACCUUAUAUAUAUCAACAAAGAAAUAACAAGUUCACCAGAAAAAUAAAUUUUGACCAAUCAAUUAUCUUGCUAGUGUCAAAGUUUGGAUUACACCUGGAAAAUUAAUGCACAGUAUUUGGACAGGAUUUUGUUUAGAUCAAAUUACUCAUGCAAGCAGUUUGACAUCUAAUAAGCUUGUGCAGGGAGGUAUCCAGGACCAUCUUGUGCAAGUGUAUCUUGGGCAGCCAUAGCACAGCUCUCCAAUUGUCGAAGGGUGAUGGUUGUACAAGGGUAAGAUCUAGUAUUACUCUGCCAUCAGAAUGUUAUGUUCCACUAGUGCCAUAUAGGAUCUGAGGCCUAAUGCUCCACCUGCAGGAUUUUUUUUAUAAAUGUGUGGGUUUUAGUUCCUGAUUUUCUGUAUUAUACAAGUAUUUACAAGGAGGGUUUUUUUGUUCUAUUUACACUUCUGCAUUUAAUAGAAAUAUUUUUUUUCUAUCACUAUUAAUUCUCUUAUAUCUUCAUUAUAUCUAUAAAUGAA